AUGAUGUUAUCAGCAUCCUCUGCCCCAGUGACUAGGAGCUCCCUUGAGGAGAUGCUGGAGUCGUUAAGGCAGCGAGAUGAGGCAUUGGAGAGAGCCAAGGACCUGCCCCCAGCUUUGCCCGCGCGCCCCACUUCUAGGGCAAGGCUUCCUUCUGCUCGCCUUUCGUUGCCCACAGACUUCAAAGUUGGUGCCAAUGGUCGGUUAGAAGGCAAGGUAGAGAGUAUAUUAGAAAGCAAGGUAGAGAGUGUUGUUUUAGGGAGCAAAUUAUUAGUAAGUGUAGAUGAUAUAAAAGUGGAGGAACCCAAGAGGAAGGAGAUGGAGUGCAGGAUUGGAAGUUUUGGAAGCAGGAAAAUGAGGAAAGUUAUGGACUCUACGGACUCAAAUCCCUACGUUCAAGAAAUGAAUCAGCAAUGCAGGGGUUCUCCUAUAGGUUCGAUGCCCACUAUUGACGAGGUGGAAUGGGAAGACAACAUUGGCUACUUUAUUAGGAAGAAACUAAGUGUUUGGUGUCAACUGUCAAAUGGGAUGUGGGCUUCUGGAAAAAUACAGUCAACUUCCGGAGAUGAAACAUAUGUUGCACUUGCAAAUGGGAAUGUUGUAAACGUGCCACCAGGACAGCUUUUACCUGCAAACCCAGAGAUUCUUGAUGGCGUGGACGAUCUCAUGCAACUUAGUUAUUUGAAUGACCCAUCAGUUCUUCACAACCUUAAGUACCGAUUUACUGAGGAUAUGAUCUAUACUAAAGCGGGGCCAGUUUUAAUUGCUGUCAACCCAUUCAAAGAUGUCCCACUGUAUGGAAAUAAUGCUAUGGAUGCUUACAGGCAGAAGGACAUGGACUGGCCGCAUGUUUAUGCCUUAGCAGAUACUGCUUACGAGCAGAUGAUGAGAGAUGGAAAGAAUCAAUCCCUAAUCAUAAGUGGCGAAAGUGGAGCAGGUAAGACUGAGACAGCAAAAUAUGCGAUGAAGUAUUUGGCUGCCCUUGGUGGUGGUGCCGGUGGUAUGGAGGUAGAAAUGCUUCAAACUAACUGUGUUCUCGAAGCAUUUGGGAAUGCUAAGACCUUGCGAAAUAAAAAUUCCAGCAGAUUCGGAAGGUUGAUUGAAAUUCAUUUUACUUCAUUAGGAAAGAUAUCUGGCGCUAAAAUUCAAACAUCAUUUUUCUGUGAACAGUCAAGAGUGGUUCAGGUGGGCGAUGGUGAAAGAUCAUAUCAUGUCUUUUAUCAACUGUGUUCUGGUGCACCAUCUCUCCUCAAAGAGAAACUAAAUCUUAAAGCAGCCACAGAGUACAAGUAUCUUAAUCAGAGUGAGUGCUUUGAAAUUGAUGGCGUUGAUGAUGCUCUCAAGUUUCAGAAACUCCAGGAAGCGUUUGACCUGUUGAGAAUUUGCAAAGAAGAUCAAGCUCAAGUGUUUCAAAUUCUUGCUGCAAUAUUGUGGCUCGGCAACAUUAAAUUCCAAACUAUUGACAAUGAGAAUCAUGUGGAGGUGUUGGCGGAUGAAGCUCUAGCUAAUGCUUCCAAGCUGAUGAAAUGCACAGCCCAGGGUCUGAUGGUGGCAUUAUCAACCCAUAAAAUUCGAGCAGGGAGUGAUAACAUUUCCAAGAUAAAAACAUUGCAGCAGGCAAUCGAUGCAAGAGAUGCAUUGGCAAAGUUUAUGUACGGGAACUUGUUUGAUUGGCUUAUGGAACAAAUCAAUAAGUUGCUUGAUGGAAACCAAAAUACUUGGGGGUCCAUAAAUAUCCUUGAUAUCUAUGGGUUUGAGUCGUUUAAGAAGAACAGCUUUGAACAAUUUUGUAUAAAUUACGCAAAUGAGAGGCUUCAACAACAUUUCAACAGACACUUACUUAAACUAGAGCAAGAGGAGUACGAAGAAGAUGGAAUUGAUUGGACUAAAGUUGAUUUUGAAGAUAACCAAGAGUGCUUGGAUCUUUUUGAGAAGAAACCUAUAGGGUUGUUAUCUUUGCUUGACGAGGAAUCAAAUUUUCCAAAUGCCACUGACUUGACGUUGGUCAAUAAGCUCAAUAAGCAUUUGAAUAUCAACCCUUUCUUCAAAGGUCAAAGAGGUAGAGCUUUUGGCGUUCGUCACUAUGCUGGGGAGGUUGUGUAUGAUACGAAUGGAUUCCUAGAAAAGAACCGGGAUCCACUGCACUCUGACUUCAUCCAGCUACUAUCGUCAAGCAACUGCAAGCUUCUGCAAUCGUUUGCUUCCCAAAAGCCUGAUCAAACUCUUAGAUCACUAAGAAGUUCGUUAUCACAACCAGGUGGACCGGAAUCUUCAACACAAAGUGUUGGAACAAAGUUCAAGGCUCAACUCUUUAAACUCAUGCAUCAAUUGGAGAACACAACCCCUCACUUUAUUCGCUGCCUGAAGCCAAACAAAAAGCAGCUUCCUGGUAUGUACGAAGAGGAUCUUGUUCUACAACAACUCCUAUGUUGUGGAAUUAUGGAGGUGAUGAGGAUUGCAAGAGCUGGUUAUCCUUCUCGAAUGACACAUCAAGAAUUUGCUGCAAGGUAUGCAUUGCUGCUUCCUGAGCCAAGUGAACAUUUGGACCCAUUGAGCAUGUCUGUUGCUGUCCUUAAACAGCUCAAUGUACUGCCCGAAAUGUACCAAGUUGGCUACACCAAAGUUUAUCUUCGCACUGCGCAGAUUGCCAGAUUAGAGGAGCAAAGGACAAAAGCUCUGCGAGGUGUAAUUUCUGUCCAGAAUUGCUUUCGAGGUUCCAAGGCUCGUCGUCAUUUCCAUGAGUUGAUAGAUGGUGCAACAACCCUACAAUCAUUUGUUCGUGGUGAGAAUGCGAGAAGGAAAUUUGAUUCUAUGCCAAAGACGUGCAAUGUCAAUACUCUCCCAGUAGUUAACGAGCAGUUGACUGCCAUAAUAUGUUUGCAAUCAGUAAUCCGUGGGUGGUUGACACGGAAGCAACUUAAUGACAAGUAUAAGUUGAGGCAGUCAAGCCAGGAUAAUACAAACUCAAGAAGAAAGCCAGGGAGAAAAAUAUCAGAAGUUAAGGUAAUGCCACAAGAGCAGAUUGAGGAGCUUCAGAGUACACUAUUGGCAGAACUCCAGAAGAGGGUUGUGAAGGCAGAACAGAGUUUGGCACACAGAGAUGAGGAAAAUGCAGCACUAAGGGAGCAGGUAGAAGAGUAUGAGAAAAGAUGGUCUGAAUACGAGUCAAAGAUGAAAACCAUGGAAGAGACAUGGCAAAUGCAAAUGACAUCAUUGCAGGCAAGUCUUGCUGCAGCCAGAAAGAGUCUUGCUGCUGAUAACCUGACUCUUCAGCAACAAUCACCUCGCCACUACUAUGACUCAGAGGAUUAUCCUUCCAUUGGCUCUAGGACCCCUGGUGGAAGCACACCAAGAAAGAUUCCUAAUUCCAUGCCGGAUCUUCGAGUGGCGAAAGAACAGCCUACUAAUGGUGCCAGAGCUCAUCCUGUAACCACUUUACUGAGGGAAUUCGAGCAGCAGACCCAGAAUUUCGAAAGCAACUGUAAAGCCAUCGUUGAGGCGGGUUCAGGGAAUUCUUCAGGUUCUAUCUUAAAUCCUGAUGAAGCACUUCGAAGACUGAAAAAUCAGUUCGAGAUAUGGACGAAGAACUACAAGGCCAAACUGCGGGAGGCAAAGCAACGACUCCAUAAACUUAGCCAUGGCGAGAACCAUAAGGGCCGUAGGGGUUGGUGGGGCAAAAUUGGUGCCAAAAUGUUGACAAAAUAA